GGUGCUAUGGCACUCUCUCGAGCAUUUUGGGGCCAGGAGUCCCUUUCCACCCCGGAGGUGUCCUGUACCACGUGGCUGAUGUGCGGAGGGAGGCUCUGGAAGAGCACUUUUUUAGGGUUUUGCUGGUUUCGUGAUUCCUGCCAGGAAUUGCUUCCCCCAGCAUCUCCCCAGGAGGUGCGCGUGCCUGCUGGGGAGCUCGUCCCUGCCUCUGGAUGCUUGCCUGAGGCUGCUGGUGGUGUGCGGGGAGUUGGACGAACACCAGAGGCAUCUCUACAGGAUAGAGAUGGUGUGGCUUUGGAGGCUUUGUGCUUGCUGUUCUCACUUGUUGAUUUUCCCCCCCCCGAGUUCUGUUUGGAGGUGGCAGCGCUCCUUUCUGUGAAGAGGCAGAUACGCUUGGGCUGGACGAGGAGAGGCUGCUUCACCUCUGGUAGUUUUGGAAGUGUUGUAAUGGUGGUUUGGGAAUCGCUGAGGCUGUGAUGUUGGACUCGGCGCUGUCGCUUUUAGUUCAUUUAGGCUUUUAAUGACCUGAGAGCACAGAGAAGUUAGGGUAAAAGGCUCUGAAGGCUCGGUUUCCAGAAGCAACCUGAGAUGAGCCUGUAUCGCAUACAGCUUAAACACCUAAACACUCCUGUGGGGGGAAAAAAAUAAAGGAUUUUUAUUGCAUCUCCCUCUCCGCGCAGACACGCGGGACAGACCAGGGGGUCGCUGCCUCGAGUGAGGCUGGUCGGGAGAUCAAAAUGGGUCGAGCAGCCCUAACCUCCGCUGCCUCCAUUUUGCUUUAAAACACCGUCUUGUUGAAAGACAGCGACUUGUACCCCCGACAGAUGGCUCCUUGCUCCCUGCCCGGGCCCUCGCCAACAUUUCUUUUUGCAGAGCUGUUACCCGAAAGGCAAAUGUUUUUUUGCAGAUAGCAAAAGAUAGCCCCCUGCGUUUGUGCGCCAGGUAAGGGACGGAGCUGGCUCUCUGAAGAUGCACCUCCAUUUUAGUGCUUUAGAGAGCUCGUUAUCUCUGCGUGGGUUCAGGUUGGGACGGAUGGCACCUUCACCUAAUUAAUCACACGCGAGGUGCCGUGAAAGCAGAGACUCCCAAAAUACACAAGCGCCUUAUCAAAAGUUUCAGCCUGGAUUAAUUCCGGCUCUUUUGUUCAUUUCACUCCGUGUCUGUGUGAGAGAGAGAGAAAGAAAGAAGCAAUUUCAGCUCCCCGCAAGUGGUCAUUAAAGGCCUUUUUAAUCCUACGGAGUUAUAAAUAAACAUUUGUGGCGGCGUGCACCUGCAUAUUCAUUAGUGCAUCCUCGGCGCUCCCUCCCAUGCCCAGCGGCGCGUCCUUGGCGCGCGGCUGCUCUUCGGAGAGGGUAGGAGACCGAGUUGCUCUGCAAAUGGAAAACAAUCUGGAAGGAUGUCUCUGGUUUUGUAGUUGCCAGUUUGAUCGCCUUCUCUGCUGCGAUGAGGGUUGGGGUGGGAAGAGGAUCGCUGGUGGCAGUUCCUCUGAAUUGUAUGAGCACCACGAGGACGCUGGGACUUCAGGGAGCCGCGGGUGCUGCGCUGCCUUCCCCUGCUCAAACAGCAGCAAAACCAAUGCCCUAAGUCUGGGGGCUUAGCGGUGCUGCUCUCCAAAUCUCAGGUUUCUCUGAUAAAGCAGCAGAUGCCUCCGGUGGAUGUCUCCAUGUUGGCUGCCUCUCCCUAACGCUGUCCAGACCUGCUGUCAGGGUGCUUGCUCGGUUAUCUCCUUCCCCUCUCUGCUCACCGCAAGCGAUGGCUUCGAGCAGCAUGAGGACCCUGGGUGAGACCGACGUUUGGAGCAGCGAAGAAGCCAUCGUGUAGGGCAGCAGGAGCAAAGCUGUGCCCCGUAAUAAUGUGCGAUGGCUGCUCGAGGAGCAAAAUCACGGGCAGUGAGUGACCCAUCUACAGAAAUAAUCCAUCUUAGUGGAGUUAAUAAAGCAAAACGUUUGGAGCAGAUGGGAGAAGUGGCCUAUGGCCCAUCAGAGCUCUGCUGCCUAAUAGGGACUUUUAAAACUUACAGGACUUUAAAGCUUACAGCUGUUUCCAGAAAGCAGCAUGAGUAAUUGAAGUGCAGCAGCAAUAAUAUCCCUUUAAAAGUUUUUAUAGGGACCAUCUCCCCCUGCCUUUGGCUGGGGAGGAGCAGCAGAGGAACAAACAGGUAGUUUUGGUAUUUCUGAGCGUUUCCGAGGCUGAACCGGGCUCCUGCAUCUCCAGAUUUGCAGCAUUCCUCCUGCAUCCCGUGUCAUGAUAAAUACAAGCUGUUUUCUGUCUUGGGGAAUGGUCUGUGUGUAAUAACAGGGGAAUAUUCAUGAGUUGCAUCAUGCUUCUCGUCUUGGCUGCUGUGGGAAGUGGACGCGGUGGAGAUGCUGGGGUUCCUGGCAGAUGCACGCUGCAGUUGUGUUGUCUGAUACCCCUCAGAACCUGGCUUGUACGAGCUGCACUGCGAGGGCUCCCCAGAAAACUGUCCCCUAAAGAAGACCAGCGUUUGGGCAUCCCAGAGCUGCUGUGCCGGGGCUCACAGCUGGGCAACGUUUGCAGGUUCAGUGUUGCUUUUGACAGCUGAAAAGGAAGCGCUGUUUAUUUAUUUAUUAAAAGUAAAGGCAAUAAUUUUAGGAAAGGAUUGGAGGGGUGCAACCCUGAAAGGUGUUGAGUUCCCAUCCUCAGGGCUGAUCUGGGUCAGUCUGGAUCCCAGCCUUGGCUGGGAGCUGGGCACCUAAAUGCUUUCCCAGCCCCUCCUCCCAGGGGCUUAGCAUCUGAGCGGGCUCAUUGCACAAGAAAAAAUGAGCGUGGAAGUGCAAGAUCUGGCUUACGUGCAAGAGCCUUUCCUCUCUCCUCUCUAAUCUAGAUGCUGCUGCUAAUUUUGCUUCACCCCCUUGGGAAGAAACUGCUAGGGAUUCACCCUCAGCUGCUUUCAUGAAGGUGCUCUUUGCUCAUGUGUCUGAGGUUGAUCAUAAUGAUUACAGCAAUAGCAGGUGCUGCUAAUGUUUCCCUCGUAAACCUUAAUCUUUAUGGCUGGCUUUAAUAGCCAGCCUUGCUCUUCUCCCCCUAUGGAUAGCUGCCAUUAAUGCUGUGUGGGAGAAAUGCACCGUGUUAAGGGACCGCGUCCCACGAUGCCCCAGCGUGCCUGAGGCCCGGCAGCCGCGGGGAUGGAGCUGAAGGUGUGGGUGGACGGCAUCCAGCGGGUGGUCUGCGGCGUCUCGGAGCAAACCACCUGCCAGGAGGUGGUCAUCGCUUUGGCGCGGGCCAUAGGUCAGACGGGGCGCUACGUCCUGGUGCAGAAGCUCCGGGAGAAGGAGCGGCAGCUCCUCCCGCUCGAGUGCCCCUUGGAGUCGCUGGCCAAGUGCGGGCAGUAUGCCAACGACGUGCAGUUCAUCCUGCGGCGGACGGGCCCCAGCGUGGCCGAGCGGCCCUCCUCGGAGGGCGCUCCCCAGGCUCCCGAGAGGACUUUCAUCCGGGCCAGCCUGCCCAUCAAGCCCCGUACCGUGAGCACCGAGGCGCCCCGGCCCCGGGAGCCCAAGAAAUCGAUGACCUUCAACUUGGGUCCCAUGGGCUCCGGCGAGCUGUUUGCUAAGAGCCGCUGGAGGCAGCACGCCUGGGAGGGGAUGGAGCUGAAGGACGGCGGGGCCGGCCAGCUCUCCAAGGAGGAGCUGUUUAAGACGGUGUUGCGGCAGCAGGAGCAGCUCAGCUCCUUGGAGGCCCACGGGGACACCCUGGAGACGGACCUGCGGUUCUGGGAGCACGGCCGGGCCCCCAGCCAGGAGGACGAGAUCCUCUACCUGGAGCACCUGGUGCGGAGGAACGAGACGGAGCUGGGCGAGGAGGAGUUCUGGCAGAGCGAGCUCCGGCUGGAGAAGGAGUGCGAGCGGGAGAGGCAGGAGCGGGUGAGGAGCCUGCGGGCCAGCCUGGAGGAGUACACGCAGAGGAUCUACGAGCUGAGCGCCCGCACCGAGGCCCUGCAGAAGGAGAUCCAGUGGGAGAUGGCCGAGAGGGCCAAGAGGGGCAAGGAGAGCCCUGUGCCAAGCCCCACGGACCUGGAGGACAUGGCUGCCAAAAUGAAAAGGGAUCUGGAAGCUAAAGUCAAGCAGGGCACGCAGCUGGAGAGCAACCUGGCCAGCGUGGAGAAGGCCCUGGAGGAAGCCGAAAGGUCCCUGCAGGCCCAGAACCAAGAGCUGGAGGAGUUAAAUAAGGAGCUGAGGCAGUGUAAUUUGCAGCAGUUUAUUCAGCAGACGGGAGCCACGGUGACCGUCGGGCAGGCCAGGUCUGAGGAGGACGCCCAGCCGGAGCCGAGCCCGCGUGAGCUGCCAGCCUGCCGGAGGAACGGAGGGUUUCCCCCCUCCAGCGGCGACUCGCCUCCCCGCUCCAGCACCAAGCAGCUCCUCGGCCAUCCCCGGACCCUGCCGGAGCCCCUGGUGUCCAGCCUGAACCCCGAGGUGCUUUACAAACAGUGGAUGAAGCUGGUGUCCGCCGAGAAGGCAGCCGUCUCCAGGAUGAAACAUGGCAGCUUGUUAAUAAUGCACAGCAGCAGCGCGGAGCAUUUUAGGACAGGAGGAGAAGGGGACGGCACGUGGCUGCAGAUAUGAGCAGCAUCUCCCCGAGGAAAGCCGAGGAGCUGAGCGCGGACCGAGGCUCUGCCGCUCUCUGACCCCGCUUGGACGUGCUCGCUCAGCCCUUUUCGGAGGUGCCCACGAGCCCCCAGCACGGCCGUGCCACCGCAGCGGGCCUGGGGACGGCGGCCGCUGGCGUCCCGCAGGAUUUUCCCCGUGCCGCAGCGAGGGGCGGCUGCGGGCGAGUGAAAUAUUAAUGGAGAGGAAAGCCGUCGAGGGCAGCGCGGCAGAGCCCCCUGCUCGCUGCGUGAGUACCUGCUGCCGUUCAGCAGCUGGUUGCACGAUAUUUAAGGAUUGGUUUGCUUCGUUUGGAGGCCGCUGGUAGUGCCGAGUCUCCGAUUAGUCCUGAAGAACAGCGGGGAGAUGUGAUUUCAGGGUUGUCUUUUUGGAACCGAGAUUUGCUUCCCUUUUUUUUCCCCUCGAAUCGCUGGAGUUGGAAACGUAUGUUGGGAAAAAAUGUGUUAAAAAUACGUUUGCUCCGUGCAGCCGCAUGAAGAAGUCUGUCCCCUGCGGCCAGAGCGCUGAUUGCUUGUUUUUUGAACUUUUUGCUACUCUUGCUUUUAAAAUGAGACUCCAAGGAAAGUACUGGGGCAUGAUGGAGGUUGUAAAGAGCAUUUCAGUGCUGCUUGUGGAAAAACCCCAAACCCUAGGUUCAGAAAAACUGCUUGCCUUGGACGCAGCCAGGUUUUCCUCUGGGGACACGCAGACUGUUUUCCCCUGCUUGGCCGAUUACCUUAGCGUUGGCUGCCUUGUUUCCCCCCGAACCAGCCCUGAGAACUCGAGGUGUUCGCUGAAAUCAACAGUGUGCCUGAAAAACUGGUAUCUGCGGGUUAAAAAAGGGGCUCUUUCAUUUUGGGACCCUGUUUGUAAUUCUGCUGUGUGCAAAUCAAAGAGGAAUAAAGAGAAAAGGUUCGUCGCUGACAGCACCUCCUGCGGGGGGGGGGGGCGGGAACCACAGAAAAAUAAUUCAGCAGCAGUGGAAUCUCGCAUUCUAGCCCUGCCUUACCACUUACUCGGUUGUUGUUUGGGUGUUGUUUUUUCUGUUGUUUUGAAGAUGAUUUUCUGUGGGUUUGGGUGUCCUUGGGGAGAGAGUGCUGCGGCCAUGUGCUAGCCCUGGAUUUGCAGCCGUCGCCAACGCUCUGCACAUCUCUGUGCCGGGGGAACGCCAGCCCGAGGGCUGUCCCACGGGGGAUGCUUCGUUACCGACACGCAGGGCAAGAGCCUGGUGGCAUUCUGCAGCUAGAUUUACUUAUUUUUCUCUACAAAACCAGCGCUCAGCAGCCACGAAGGCGGCGGAGUUCCUUAAGGUAAUAAACAACCGACUGAAUCUAGCCCCCGGACCGCCACCCUGCCGUCCCCCCGCCGUGCGGCUCAGCGGCGGUGACCUAAAUUCGUCGUGGCACGAGGGGCCCUGCGCUUCGGGGACACGGUGGCGUGCGGUGGCACCCCCUUGGCUCCCGAAUUUGGAUUUGGCAAGGGACCACCAGGCUGCUUGUCCUGCGUCCAGUGCCGCCGGCCUGCGCUUAACGCCGCGCGCGUUAUUUAACCAGGCGAGGCUCGACGCCCGCCGCAGCUCUCUGCCUUCCUGCUUUUAUCUGCUCUAAAGGCUGUGUCAAUAAUACAUUUCUGCCAUUGAAUAUUUUAUUGAUGAUUUGACUUUUCGCUGCUUGCAAUUCCCAAUUCAAGGCUGCAUGAUUGUUCCUAAUUAAAAUUUUAUGCCCUGGGAGAAGCCUUCUUGCUACAGUGGAGACGAUGCUGUCUUUUUCUAGGCCACUACUGAGUGGUAGGAAGGAAUUACUCAUUGUUAUGAGAUUAAAACAAAGCAAAUUAUUAUUUUAUUUUAUUUUUUUUAAAAAAAAAAAAGCAAGCCCAGCAUACGACGCCUACUGGAGAGUGAACAAGUGACUGGCAGGCGAGGCAGCGAUCCAAGUACGUAGGGUGGCUGGAGGAUGCUGUGCCUGGGCGAGCAGGCGGUCGUGUCCCUGUGUCCCCGGGGCACCGCAGGCAGCAGGACAGCUUCUUCCUUCCCCUGCCGUGGGGUGCUGCUUGCUCACUGCCAUCCAAACAUCAUGAAGCACAAGGUGCAUCUCCAGCGUGCAGUCUUUUUUUUGGUGUUGUUUCCUAAGACCUGUGGGGUACCUGCAGGCGCUCUCAGCACACGGCACGGGGCAGGAGCGGAGUUCAGCCACAGGCUCAGGUUCAGUCAUUUCCCCGUGCCGCUUCUGAAGCCGCUCAGUCGGGGUGUUGGGCGCUGUGUGUGACAAAACCUGAUUUAUUUUUCUUUAAUGCUGCAUGACAAAAAUGAUUCUCGGUUCCUCACCCAUCUACCCCAUACUGUGUCUGCUUGCAAAGCCAGGCAUCCUCCCCCCUAAAGGUAGUUGGGGGUACCGGUGCUGCACCACACUGGGCUGGCUUCUCAAAGGACAGCUCUGCUGCAGCCACCUGAAACAUCCCGUGAGCAGUUGUGUAUUCGGAUGUGCUCCCCAGGAUUUGGGUGUCCUGCUGGGUUUUGUUUUUUUUUUUGUUUUUUUUUUUUUUUUUUGAAAUUCAUCUAGAGUGCUAGAAGCAUUUGUGCUUCCUCCCAGCCCCGGGAUUUGGCAAGCAGCUUUUAAAGCACACGCUUCAGCACCAGUUACAUAAGGAAAGGUGUGAAUGACUGGAGGAGAAACUGCCUGUUGGUUUUGCUCUCUGAAUGAUGUGCAGAUGCUCUGUUUGUUGCUCCCGGGUGUGCAGAUUCUAGAAGGGCAGCUCACUGAAGCCAGAGAAGAGAAACUAUCUGAACUGGCACGUGUGCGCGUCUGUCCACGCAGAGCAUUGUCUGUUCUCACAGUGAUGGUUUUCCUUUUUGUGUCUCACAGUAAAGACCGAGCACAUUCUACCUUGCCCUGGAAAAAAAAUAAUCAUAUAGCACUAGAGGAAGUCGGGAAAUUUUCUUGUUUAUGGAUGAGCAAGUUUCUUUCCCAAUAGAACCUCCUGCCAGCAGAAAUCUUUUUUUUUUUUGAGAUGUAUUAUAUAAGUCCUUGCUUACAUGUAACUAACCGACGUCCUCUUAAACAAUUCAUGUAGCCCUUCUUUUCCUGACAGGCCAGCUUGCUCCCUCGGAGACUCACAGCUUUGAUUUGCCACCGGCACGCUAUUGACAGAACACACUAGGUGCUUCCUAGCCCAGCGCACGACAGGUUACACCUGCUCGCUUCCCUCUGCGAAGUGCUGAAAUAGAAGAGCAAAACCUUUGAGGUGCACAGAGUCCCUUUAGCUUAACAGGCCUGACUUUCAGCAUCUUCCCCACCUGUAAGGCACGCCUCUCCCCAAAAUCUUACCGCAUCAGUUCUCAGCAAGAUCUUUUAGCUUCUGGAUGCUCUGGUUACCGAAGUAUCACCUUACAAAUCUGGUUACUGGCUGCUGAACACUUAAAUGAAGGGACGCCUUAGCCCUGGCGUAUUUUCUCAUCGCUCAGGAGCGCUCGUCAGAGCAGUCAUGGCUCCGCGGGCUCCACGUUCAGAAAGGGCUCCUGGGCUAGGGCAGGGGCAAAGGCACCAGCACUAGGGUUUUGGCUUGAGAGACGGCCAGGUCGCAAGGGCACCUUCCCCCCUCCUUUUCAAACUGCCUUCUCUUGAUAUACAGGCAAAAUCAGAGAUGGGAGGUACGUGACACGUAUCGGACAGGUACUUCACUGAGUAGGUACAGCCUUCCUCUUCGCUUGGUCGGGGUAACCGAAUACAUCUUACAGAGCUGCUCGGCUCUGUGCUGAGCCCUGAGUUAGAGUAAUGAGCACCCAAACACAGGUUUUGCACCAUUUAUUGAAGAUUUCAGGUGACAGCACGGCAGGUUAGUUUUGAAUCAUGCCAAAAGAACGUUAAAAACAGGAAUUCAGCUGUAUGCUUCCCCCACAUACUGGAGAAACACAAAAAAAACGGAAAACAAACCAACCUCAUUUCAAUCCCUUGCCUUUGCUUACUGGAGCUGAACAGGAUGGUCUCGUAGGUAGCGGGAAGCUGCAAGUUUUCAUACCGAGUGCUGCCUGAUGGGAACUGGGACAAACCUUGCCAGAGCAACCGGGCAACCUGCAGAGCCAUUUCUGCCGGUGGGGUCUCCAGCAGUUAGUCAUCGGGCAGCGCGGGGCUAUUUCUUCAAAGAGAAGCAGAGCGCCUUCGUUUUUGGGUACAGAUUUGUUACCUGUGAAAUAAGGUGGUACAGCAUUGCCAGACUUCAGUUUCAAUGUGCGGAUACGCUGUCAGGACACAGACAGCCAUAUGCAGGUACUGGUAUCUUGCACGUUUCCCCCCACCCUGAUCUCUACAUGGCCACACCGGUGCUCCUGCCUGCUCAGAGAGCUGCAGAUCUGCAGCUGGAAGUGCAGCUGGGGAAGAGGAAAGCUGUCUGGGGCUGGGAAAGCUGAGAAAUUUGUUCCCCCCCCCAUCAGACAAGACCCGUUUGGCUACUGAACAAGUGUGAAAGCUUUGGUAAAUUCAGGCAGUUUUCCUCUCUUUCUGGUGUGCCUUGACUCACCUAAUCAGCACGAGGCACGUAAGGAACUGAUUUUCCUUUCUGAAGAGCAGAUGCUCCUCUGGGACCUGACAGGAGAAAUGUCAAACGAGCACAGGCAGGGGAGAUGGGGACAGGCACAAUUUCUUUGUAAGAGACUUGCUCUGUAGAAAGGAUGUCGCUCUGCUUUUCUGUAUGGUUAAGUACUUACUGAGCAGAGCGCUGCUGAUUCCUUCAGGAGAUUAUGCCUGUACAACAGUCCAGGGUUACAUGUCAGCAGCCCAAGCAAGAGAGGCUACCUUUCAGAAAACCCUUUCAGGAAAUCUGGGAGGGCUGCAGUGAAUCCUAUCUGGUUAUUAUUAGCUUAAGCAGGAGAUAAAGCUGUGCCAUGCUCUAAAAAGACACUUUUCAACUACCCAGCUCCUUUGAUGGGCUCAAAAUCGAAAGAGAAAACUUUGCUCAAGAAGCAAUUUGCCUCGUCACUUCCUCGAUUUCGAGUGACAGCUGCCCUGCACAGCUGGAGGAGUCCCUGCCCGUUCGCCUUCCUGCUCCUCAGGCCAUGAAGUCUGAGUCCCCUGCGUGAUAUCACAGCGUGAGCGUGCAGGGCAGCCCGGCCGGGACCAAAACAGCCCCGGUGCUAGAAGCAGAAAGGAGGGAGCAAAGGUGAGGGGUGGGAUGGGAAGCAAGCAACAGCAAAAAAGGAAAGCAAGGCUCGUUUCUGCUUCUCAUUUAACAGAUUACAGAGUCUCUCUUUAAAGGUGACUCAUCCAGGGCAAUACCAGGCAUGGUUUCUUCUAUUAACACACCCUUGGCAAUAGCAGUUCAGUUAGUCACUGACUGGGUAUCAAGACGUCACCGGCUGGGAUAAAGCUCCUCUUUAACUUGGUACAGCGUCCAUUAAUACGUAUUUACUUUGGAGACGAGCAGGGGCGGGGGGGGGGGGGGG